AUCUGUAAAAACCAUUUUUUUAAGAAAUGAGUUUUUGCUUGUAUGCUGGAAACUGGAAAGCAUGGCUGAAUCUUUCUUUCCAUCGCACCCAUCAAAGAUUGAUGCUUGCUGAGUUCAGUUCCGUGUUCUGCUUUUUCUCGUCGUUGGGAAAUAAUUGGAUAGCCACAAGAUGACUCUCUCUCUCUGCCAAAUAAUUGCCAAGUGAGCAAGCAAUUGGAUAAGUAUGGGCUAUGGAGCUCUUUGAUUAAACAAAAACAUGAUUUUCCAUUCCCGGGAAUCGAGGAAUUAUUAAAGGAAAGUUGAAGAUAUCAACUAUUGCCAAACGGCGCGGGAAGAUUCGUGAAAACAGCUAUGGUCUCCUCAAUCCGGUCAAAACUUCGCAACUUCAUCGCAACAAUGGCGGCUCCACCUGAUCUUAGGCUAUCUCUUGCAUUCACCGCCGGGGAACCCUUUCACUGCCCGCCCUCUUCGACGGUCACCAAUUCUUCGUUUCUGGGUUUUCUCCGAAACUGCCCUAAUUUUGUCAGUACAAGAAUAGCGAAAGCCCACGAUCACCGGUUCCACUUAUCGCCUUCAGUUGGGAGAAAAGCUCUGAAGCUCCAUACCUCUGUUAGUUGCGAUGUAUUUGCCCAAGAAACGGGAAACUCUGAAGUUGAGUGCUCGCCUAACGCUCAAAGCGGAUUGGACUUUGAAGAGAUGAAACAGAGAUUUCUGAGUUUUAAGAAGCAGACGUAUAUGAAAAAACUGGAACACUUCCGAGCUCUCUCUGAAAUGCAAUUCCCAAAGUUUAUGGUGAUUGCCUGUGUAGACUCCAGGGUUUGCCCCUCGAACAUCCUGGGAUUUCAGCCUGGGGAAGCUUUUAUGAUCCGUAACGUUGCAAACAUCGUCCCUCCUCUUGAGUGUGGCCCUACUGAAACCAAUGCUGCCCUGGAAUUUGCUGUAAACACUCUCCAGGUUGAGAAUAUAUUCGUCGUUGGCCAUAGCGACUGUGCUGGUAUUCAAACUCUUAUGAGUAUGCAGGAAGAGAACUCCAGCUUCACCGAGAAAUGGGUUGCCAAUGCAAAAGCUGCCAAGUUUACGGCAGAAGCUGAUGCAUCUCACCUCAGCUUUGAACAACAAUGCAAACAUUGCGAGAGGGAAUCAAUCAACCGUUCCAUGCUCAACUUGCUGACUUAUCCAUGGAUUGAAGAGAAAGUAAGUAAAGGGUUGUUGAGUGUUCAUGGAGGGUAUUAUGAUUUCCACAACUGCACGUUUGAGAAAUGGACAAUCGAUUACGAGGAAAGCAGCAUUGGCCAAGGCAGAUUGUCAGUUAAAGACACAGUUCUCUGGGGCUGACUGCUGAACAUAUUUCCACCUAAGCUUCUUCUUCUCCUCAGUUGUAUAGUAUUUGUGUAUAAAAUGUAAGCCCUGUAAUGUGAAUUGUAAAGUGCUUACCCAUUUGCUGCUCGGAGUAAUGCGAAAGUGUUGUUUAUCAGACGAUACUUUGAUUUCCGGGUGCUGAAUGCAAUUCCAUAACGCGACUGAACUUACAAUAGACAUGCGCGUAAUGGCUGAACACGUUUUGGGGUUGGGUCUUUCCAAGUUGCGUACCCUGGCAUGGCGUUCAUUUGGAGUAGGGAUGGGCAUUGGCGAGAUAGGGGCGCAACAAAUUGCACCCUUUUCC